AUGAAGCCUCAGACUCUUCUCUCUCUCCUGGCUGGUCCCUCCGUGGCCCUGGCCCAGCACCGCGGUAGUCCCUUUGGCUUCGCUUCUGGCACCACUGGCGGUGGCAAUGCAGCACCGGUGUACCCCCAGAAUAACCAGCAGCUCGUCAACUACCUGACCGACAACCAGCCCCGUGUCAUUAUGAUUGAUCGCACUUUCGACUUUCUUCAAACCGAAGGAAGCACAAGCGGGAGAUGCUGCCGCCUCAACACGUGCAACAAUGGUAACCAGCCCCAGACUUACAUUGGCGAUACCUGCGACGGAGGUACCUGGGUGUCAUGCACCUGGUGGAAUGCCCCCAAGAACCCUAUCGAUGUUAAAAGCAACAAGAGUCUCGUAGGCGUAGGCACUAAGGGAGUCAUCCGCGGCAAGGCGUUCCGUCUCCGCGGUGGCGUCAGCAACAUUAUCAUCCAGAACAUUCACUUCACUGAGCUCAACCCUCAGUACGUUUGGGGUGGCGAUGCCAUCACUCUGGACGGUGCUGAUCGUGUCUGGAUCGACCACAACAAAUUCUCCCUCACUGGCCGCCAGAUGAUCGUCUCUGGUUGGGGUGCUGCCGGCAAAGUCACAAUUUCGGACAACGAGUUUGAUGGCAGGACCUCAUGGUCAGUCUCCUGCAACAACAAGCAUUACUGGGGUCUCCUCCUGAUUGGCGCGAACGAUUUCUAUACUAUCGCCGGCAACUGGUUGCACGACUUGUCCGGCCGCGCUCCUCAUCUUGGCACAGGCGACAGCUCGUCCAACGUUGUUCAUGUCGUCAACAACUACUUCCAAAACAUUGACGGCCAUGCUCUCGAUAUCCAGGGUAACGCUUGGGCUCUGAUUGAAGGCAACUACUUCGAGAACGUCAAGGAACCCGUCUCUUCGGGAAGCGGCUCGGGCGGAGCUAAGAUUUACGAUAUCCGCCAGGUAGCAGACGCCUCUUACGCCCAGGGUGCUCUCGGCUACAUCCCCGAGUGGAACCGCAAUGCUGGAACCAGCGGUGUACCCGCGGUUCGGCUCGACCAGGCGGUCCUCCAAAAGUUCGCACAGCACAAGAACGUCAUCACCUGGGCCCACUGGAAAGUUGAAAACGUUGCUACGAACGUGAGGAACAUUGCCGGCGUGGGAAAGAUUGGCAAUUGA